AUUGUAUCCAGUUUUAAAACUACAACAUCAAGGGCAAUCUGUCAACUGGUAAAGGAAUAUGUUGGCCACAGGGAUGGUAUUUGGGAUGUCAGUGUCGCGAAAACUCAACCAGUGGUGUUGGGAACUGCAUCUGCUGAUCACACUGCUUUGCUGUGGAGCAUAGAAACAGGGAAGUGCCUUGUCAAGUAUGCAGGGCAUGUUGGAUCAGUAAAUUCCAUAAAGUUUCAUCCAACUGAGCAAGUGGCUCUUACAGCAUCCGGAGACCAGACAGCUCACAUCUGGAGGUACAUGGUACAGUUGCCUACACCUCAGCCAACUGCAGACGGCAAUCAAAUGUCUGGAGAAGAUGAAGUUGAGUUCUCAGACAAAGAUGAACCUGAUGCAGAUGGAGAUGGUUCUAGUGAUUGUCCCACUGUCAGAGGCCCCUUAACUUCACUCAAAAGCCAUCAAGGAGUGGUCAUAGCAGCCGACUGGCUUGUUGGGGGGAAGCAAGCUGUGACCGCUUCGUGGGAUAGGACAGCAAAUCUGUAUGAUGUAGAGACUUCCGAACUUGUCCAUUCUCUUACAGGGCAUGAUCAAGAGCUAACACAUUGUUGUACACAUCCCACCCAGCGUCUUGUGGUGACAUCAUCACGCGACACAACCUUCCGUCUGUGGGAUUUCAGAGAUCCUUCUAUCCAUUCUGUGAAUGUCUUUCAGGGCCACACAGAGUAAGUGACAGUUCCUUCACAGGUUUUUAGAAGUUCCAAAACCCCCAGAAUCUUAUUCCAUCCUGAUAUCCCUCUCACCAGGGAUCCAAACCAUCACCGAAUCCUAGCAGCGCGUGGCUCAGAACGUGAGUUUCGUUCCCUGUUUGACGCUGCCUGGCGCUGGCUUCCCCCUGGAAGGAUGCAGAGCUCCUCUCGGGAGCGCGCGUCUCGCUGCCUCAGUUCUGCUGCACGGACUGAGCAGCGCGGGCGGUGCGGCCUCGCCGGGCGGUGA